AUGGCUUCCCAAGACGCGAGCCAGUACUUGGUCCCGCCCAAGACACCACCCGCGCUCAACAUCCCACCCUCGUCGUCGACCGUGUCUGUCAAGAUCAUCGAUUCGACGUCGCUGAUCGAGGUGCCGAUCGGCCUCCUCUUCGGCCCUCACAUCCCCGGCCACGACAAGCUCUCGUGCCCGUCGUAUAGCUUUUUGAUCGAGCACGGCCCGCUGAACCGCAAGCUCCUGUUCGACCUGGGCACGCGCAAGGACUGGAAGAACCUGGCGCCGCGCAUCGCCAACACCAUCAUCGACCACAAGUGGGGGUUGGAGGUGGAGAAGGGCGUGGCCGACAUCCUCACCGAAGAGGGCGUCGAUCUCAAGUCCAUCGAGGGCAUCAUCUGGAGCCACUGGCACUACGACCACACGGGCGACCCGAGCACGUUCCCGUCCUCGACCAAACUCAUCGUCGGCCCCGGGUUCCGCGACGCUCUCGUGCCGGGCUACCCCGUCAACCCGGAGAGCCAGGUGCUCGAGACGGACUGGCAAGGGCGGGAGCUGGUCGAGGUCGACUUCGCGGCCGCGGGCGACGUGAAGGUGGGCAACUUCCGGGCGCUGGACUAUUUCGGCGACGGGUCCUUCUACAUUGUCGACGCGCCGGGCCACGCGGUCGGACACGUGUGCGGGCUCGCGCGCGUCACGCCCGACAGCUUCGUCUUCAUGGGCGGCGACGCGUGCCACCACGGCGGCGAGUACCGGCCGACCGAGUACCUCCCGCUCCCGAAGAAGAUCGACCUCGACCUCUCGUCGUGGUGGAACCGCAGCACCGUCCGAGCCCGCGUGGGCUUGUGCCCCGGCAGCGGCGCCGCCUUCUGCGACGUGUUCGCACACAAGAAGCCCGACCAGGAGGUGUACCGGCUGACCAAGAACUUUUCGCACGACACGGACCGCGCCAACCUGACCAUCAAGUACCUCGAGGAGUUUGACGCGGCCGACAACGUCUUCGUCAUCAUCGCCCACGACACCUUCCUGCUGCACAAGGAGUCCGAGGUCGAGUUCUUCCCGCGCGGCUCCCUCAACGACUGGAAGGCCAAGCGGCUCAACGAGAAGGCCCGCUGGCUGUUCUUGAAGGACUUUGCGGAUGCGGCCCAGCAGGGGCUGAAGCAGGCCACCGAGAUGGAGGACGGGCUUGUUCUGAAGCCGUGA